CCUUAGUGCCCUCCCUCUCUCGAAAGGUGUAAAUGACACAACAAUGCUACAGCCACCUGCUCUUCUUGCGCUAUCUCUUCCUGCUAACAGAGACUGGGUCCAAUUUGGUGGAGUCAGCUGCGACGGCUUCGAAACGCACCCUUCUCCAUUCCAUUACCGUGCCCGUAGACUGCGUCUGCGCUGAAUGUGUACAUUCCAUUUGAGAAUUAAACUAGGAAGGAUUCUCCAGGAGCUCCCUGGCCGUAGUCGCAUUAGCGCUGACCUCCGGGGAUCGGAUUAGUUCAUGUUUAAUGCAAUCUGACAGACCACCGCUUGUGACUGAGAGAGAGCGAGAGAGGGAUGAGGAAAGAAAGACGAACGGUUAUGUAAGACUCGCAGCAGCGUCUGAGCGGGGGGAGGAGGGCGUUAGCCGCGCAGCGCCGUGGCGAAGAGCGCCGCUCUUUCUCACCGGAGGACCGGGAGGCGCCGAUGCUCUGCAUCCGCAGCUUUGUGUUGUCAUGGGGGAGGUGCGGCUCCUCUGCAGGCUAUGGGCGGAUGAGGGGGACGUGAGCAGGGACUUCGGCGCAAAGGGCUGGUCGCGUCGUGAGUGGGGGCAGGGGAGACACUCCUGCCCCAGAGGCCUUCUGCGCGCCCCCCCUACUCCCGCCUGUUUGCACAGGAGAUGCCGGGGAAAGACUCCAUCAAAGUGGCCGUUCGGGUCCGGCCUUUCAACAAGAGGGAGAGAGAUGCCGGUAGCCAAUGCAUCAUCACCAUGGGCUCCAGCACCACCACCAUCCAGGACCCGCGCAACCAGCAAGCCCGCCGUACUUUUACCUUCGACUACGCCUACUGGUCCCACAGCAGCUUUGCCAGGAACAAGGACGGCCUCUACGUCCCCGAGGAGCCCGGCAGCCGCUACGCGGACCAGGGCCACGUAUUUCAGGAUCUGGGGCAGGGUAUCCUAGAUAACGCCCUGCAGGGGUACAACGCCACCCUGCUCGCGUAUGGACAGACGGGUUCAGGCAAGAGCUACUCUAUGGUCGGGUACGGGCCCAACAAAGGCCUGGUGCCCACACUCUGUGAUAGGCUGUUCCAGGCAGUGAGGACCAAUCAGGACAAUCGGCAGUGCCAGAUCUUUUUCAGUAUGUUGGAAAUCUACAAUGAACAGGUGAUUGACCUGCUGUCCCGGGGCAGUGGUUCACGUCCCCUGGGGGGGCUGAAGGUUCGGGAGGAGCAGCAGCGGGGGUUCUACGUGGAGGGCCUGAGGAGGGUGCCCUGCGAGAGCUCCGCCCAGGUGGCGCAGCUGAUGGAGCAGGGCACCCGCACCCGCACCACCGCCUCCACCCACAUGAACGCCAGCAGCAGCCGCUCGCACAUGCUCAUCGUCCUGCAGCUCAAGCAGAUCUUCUCCAAAGAGAACAUCACCAAGCAGUCCAACAUUAACAUGGUGGACCUGGCGGGCAGUGAGAGGCAGAGGUCAUCGGGGUCCGAGGCCGACCGGCUGAAGGAGGGAACCGCCAUCAACCUCAGCCUGACCACGCUGGGCAACGUCAUCAGCUCCCUGGCAGAUGUGGCCCUGGGGAAGCGGGUGGUUCACGUCCCUUACCGAAACUCGGUCCUCACCAAGCUGCUGCAGUCCGCCCUGGGGGGGAACAGCCGCACCGUCAUGAUUGCUACUCUGAGCCCCGCAGAUAUCUGCUAUGAGGAGUCUCUGUCUACCUUGCGCUUUGCAGAAAGGGCCAAGCGCAUCCAGAACCGGGCGGUGGUGAACGAGAGCCCCACAGAGCGGCUCAUCAAGGAGCUGAAGGCCGAGAACGCCAAGCUGCUGCUGAGGCUGAGCCGGCUGGGCCAGGAGGGCCGCCAGGGGGAGGACGAGACCAAGGAGCUGAGACGCUUGCUGACCCACAACGAGCUGCAGAUUCAGGCGAUCCAGACCCUUUGGGAACAGCACUUACAAGAGGCACUGAAGGAUUUGGAACAGCAAUAUGCUACUAUUACACAGGAGCGGAGGAUGAUGGACAUGCACCCUUACAUCCUGAAUGUGAAUGAGGAUCCCCAGCUCUCAGGAGUGGUGAAGCUCUUCAUUCAGGAGGGUGAAUGGGACAUUGGGCUGUCAGAUACCUCACCAAAGGCAAUCACAAUCAAAGGACUUGGCAUUCGGGAGAAGCACGCGGUGUUCGCCAACCGGGAGCGCCGGGUCUCCCUCAGUCCCGAGCCUGGGGCAAAGGUCACAGUGAACGGAAGCCCGGUCACCCAGACCACCGACCUGCAGCACCUGGAUCGCCUGAUCCUGGGCUCAAACAGCACCUACCUGUUCAUCGGCUUCCCUUCCGAGCGCUGCGGGGAGGACUGGAGUCGCUACGACUACGACUACUUCCAAUCAGAGCUGGCGGCUGCUGAGGGUUUCCACGUGCACUCACUGAGCGCGGAGAACCUGGGAGACAACAGUGCAAUGCAGAGCCAAGCUGACCCCAGCUUGCUGGCUGUGUUCUACGACUACAUCAAACUGAUGCCAAUGGUGGCAGAGGCCAAUCAGAUGAGCCAGGAGCUCCACAAAGGAGUUCAGUUCAAGCUGGAGAUAAAAAAUCUUGCGAUCUCCGAUUCCAAAGGUCACGACCUGGAGAAGGAGGUUGCCGUCAGGGUCACAGCACAGGAGAACAAACAGGUGUGGGCGUGGUCCAAAACCAAGUUCAUCAACCGCAAGUUCCUGAUGGAGGAGCUGUACCAGGAGUGGCUGGAGAAGGGGGAGGGGGGCAGCCGUUCCCCCCUGCCCCGGGAAAGGGACCCGUUUUGGGAUCCUCUGGAGCCCAUCCACCUGGGCAGUGCCCACCUGUGGCUGCAGUCGCUGGCCUUCCGGAUUCCCCUGGAGGAGCAGGUGGAGGUGCUGGGGUCAGAAGGCACGGAAGAGGCCAUACUGCAGACUCGACUGAUGCCCUGCAGCCCAACAGGACUGCCCCUGGGGGAGGAGGACAUCUUGAUCGACCCCACAGAGCUGCUGGGGAAGAGGCUGGACUUCACCCUGGUGGUGGAGCAGUGCUGCGGCCUCCGCUGGCUCAGAGACGCCCGGGACCGGGGCGUGCAGAUCGGGUUCCGCGUGUAUGACAGCCCCACAACCUUUUACACCCCCGCAGUCUGGCAUGACACCAACCCGCAGCUGGACCACAGCAUGCGGUUCACCAUGGCAACUGUCACCCAGGACUUCCUUGGCUACCUGCAGACCAACGCGCUGGUGCUGGAGCUGUGGGGCCUUCAGGCUGGCUGUGCUGAAAUGAGCUCCUCGCUGGAGGACGUGAGGAUGACGACGGAGGGGAGCGUUGCCAUUGGCGACACCACUUCCUUGGAGGCCGCUGUGGGGCAAGAGCCACAGCACAGCCUUGUUUCAGACCUGAGCUCCACUAUCAGAGUGCUGCAGUUGGACUUGGAUCAGCUGAAGAAGACCAACUCUUCCCUGAGGAAGGAGAACAGUGCGCUAAGAGACCAGCUCAACACCCCCGCCAGAGAGGGUCCAGAGGCCAAUCGGGGCAGGCCGGAGAGAAGGGGCAGUCUGAGACCCAGUUAUGAUGCAGAGUUUGCCAGGGCGCUCAAGGUCUUCUAUCACAGCAUGAACUCAGUCCGGGGCCAGCUGCAGCGGCUCCGUAGACACAAGCCCAGUGAAGAGGCGGACCUCCCGGGCCUGAGGGAGUUUGUGGAGGAACAGGGGCGCCUGCUGCGGGAUUUCGGGGAACAGCUGGAGCACAGCGUCACCACGCUGAAGCAGGACGUGGCCGCCAUCGUACGCAGGAAGCGGGAGCGCUCGGGGAUUUGGUCCUGACACCACGUGCCGAACUCCGGGGACAGCACAGACAAGCACGCAGUCUCCUCCAAAGCAGGUUUGCCAGUUUUUGAACGGGAACACGCUUUUUCGGGCUGCUGGCGCAGGACUGCACAUGCCCAAUCGACGUGUGGAUGGGUAAUGCGACGGAAUGCAGGUGGAUCCUGCAGAUGGGAACUCGUCGUCCCGGAGGGAAGCAACCAGACACAUCCGUGCACUGGAACCGUGCCCAGCGGGCUGUGCAGUCAUACUCCCAUUUCCUUCAUUUCACUUCCUCCCAUCAUGCUUCCUCUAUGAGAGGGAUGGGCAAUCCUGCAGCUGGAGGGCUGCCGUGUAUGAAAGUUCUUCUUUCCACCAGUUACCCUAACUAAAAAAAGCUAACUGGCUGUAUACAUCAACAAUGGUUCACUCGUAAAUUAUAUCACAGUAAAACGUUUCGUAUAGAGACACAAGAACAGUCUUCGGCUGUCAUUCACACGCUUAUCAAGAAAUGUAGCUAAAGAUGUCAGAUGGUGUAAAUGUUAAUUAAGUAAUUACGGCCAGAAGUUGGCAUUAAAACCAGAAGCAGAUACAGCCCUCAUUGCCCACCUCUGCUCUAUGAUCUAUUUUGCUUUUAUUGAAGUGCUUAUAUUUUCUCUGUUAAAGUUUUACCUUAUUGUUUUAUGGUCUUUUAUCUAAAAGCUCUUUGAGCACCUAGUAUUAAUACAUAUGAGAGAAAGAAGUGCAUUUGUGGUUAGAUAAUAAUCCAUAAUAAAAUAAAAAUAAGUACCAGAAUGAUAUAAAAACUGACAUUUAUAUUUAUAAUCAUGAAUAAAUGCUUAAUCCAUGCAUUAAUAAGUUACAUAAAUCUUUCUGUCCAGCCUGUUUUCAUGUCCUGUGAUGAAUAAAACAUUUUUCAUACA